ACAACUCCCGCCUCCCCCUUUUUCCCAUACUUAGACAGAUAAUUCCCUUCAAGCUGGCAUAGUAUCGCUCUACUUCCAGCCACGCAGCAUCUUAGAAGAAUUUGCUCGGAGGAUUCAAGAUGUCCACCCCGAUUUCAUUGCUGAUAACGUUGUCCAUGGUCCUGCUGUGUUUUGGGGAAGAGCCAGUAGAAGAAGUCAUCAAACCUAGGAAGGCCCAGUUGCUUGGAGGAUGGCAUGAGAGAAGUCUAAACUCGACAGAGGUGAAGAAGGCUGCACAGUAUGCCGUCAAGAUGUUCAACUCUAAUUCUAAAGGCAAGAGGCUUUUCAGACUGGACUCCAUCACCACAGCUGAGAGCCAGGUGACUAAUAUGAUCAACUACAAGAUCGACGUCGUCUUGGGAAAAACUAAGUGUCUCAAAGCAGAGAACCAUGACCUGGAGCACUGUGAGCUGGAAAAAAAGCGUGUGGGAUGUCAGUUUGUGGUGGCCUUUAAACCCCAGGAAAACAAGCACGUGCUGAAGGAACGGACCUGUAAGAAACUCAUCAAGCCCACAGCCUGAUCUCCAGUGUUCUUUUACCCAUCGCACCGCCAUGUGUCGUGUUUGAGCCUUCCCACUUUUGAUACUAUGUUUGAUGCAGUGCUCUUUUUUCCUCAAUAAACUCACUUUUUUCCAAAAA